AUGGCGGAUGCUAAGAACGAGAUCACCCAUGUGGAUACUUCAACACGCGAGUACAUUCACGAACAAGAGAUUGGCCAUGAAACAGACGUAGUUCUGCUAGAUACUGGCGCUGCCCAUCUCGAAAAAGGUCAAUAUGGCCAUCUCAAGCUCGCGAAAGAUGGACACACCGUACUCAUUCCACAGCCGACUGAAGAUCCAAAUGACCCACUCAAUUGGUCGUGGACGAGGAAGCACCUUAUGCUCAUGGUCGUAUCAACGACAGCUUUCCUUGGCGACUACGGAAGUGGAGCUGGGAUCCCUCUCAUCGUCCUCCAGGGGGAGGAGUGGGGUUUGUCUCCAGCCAAGGUCAAUGAAGCUGGUAAUCUUAAUGUGCUUAUGCUUGGCAUCGGUGGUCUCUUCUGGAUUGUAAUCUCAUCUUGGUGGGGGCGAGCCCCCGUCAUGUUCUGGUCUACUCUUUCCGGCACACUCUUCACACUAGCCUGUGCAGUCACCGAUAGCUUCCCCGUCUUCUACGGAUUUCGAGCAAUGAUGGGCCUUACAUUGACCGCAUACCAAGUCGUCGGAUUAGCAUGUGUUAAAGAUAUGUUCUACUUCCAUGAGCAUGCACGAAAAAUUGGAAUCUGGGUGGCUAUAUUCAUCCUUUCACCCUAUCUAGGUCCUUUUUUCGCCAACUUUAUAAUCGCAGGGGUGGGAGAUUGGCGUCCAGUCAUGUGGCUUGUGUUUGCUAUGGGAUGCGCUGACCUAGUCCUUAUCGUUCUCAUUUGCGACGAAACAUACUAUGAGCGCAGUAUUCCCAUUAACCUACAGCCACCAAGACCCCAAACCCUCGGCGGUCGACUUUCGCGCGUACUUGGAAUAUGGCAGAUUCAACAUCAUAAAGGAUACUUCAAGACCUGUUGGCACUGCUGCAGCCGCCUGUUAUCUACUUUCCUCAAACCUAUCAUCAUCCCCGCCAUGCUGUACUAUGCGAUGAGCUUUAUGUGGGCCGUCGGUAUUAAUAUCACUAGCACCAUCCUUCUUGAAACCCCAACUGUGGCUGGCGGAUACGGUUUUGGACCAAAAGCCGUCGGGUUUCUCUACUUCACACCACUCGUAGCUGUUUCUCUUGGCGAAGCCUUCGGCCACUUCUUCAACGACUGGGUCGCCAACCGCUACGUCCGCAAACACGACGGCAUUUUCAAACCAGAAGCACGUCUUGUCACCAACUACAUUGCAGCCGCAUUCAUGAUUCCCGGACUAAUCAUCGUCGGGCAAACGCUCGAGAAGCACUUGAGCUACGCAGGCAUCAUUAUGGGUUGGGGGAUGUACGUUUUCGGGGUCAUGUUGGCAACAGUCGCAAUCACAGCGUAUGCGUUGGACUCGUAUGGAACUGCUAGUUCGGAGGUAUCCGGUCUAUUGAAUUUCUCUCGAGUAAUCGCCGGGUUUUCCGUUGGUUAUUUCCAACAGCCUUGGGGCGCGAAAAGCGGAUUUGGGCUCUCUUUUGGCAUCCAGGCCAUUAUUGUUGCUAUUGCCAUCGUCAUUAUUGCUCUGCUUCAGGCGUUUGGAGGACGGAUGAGGGCAAAGGGUGGCCCUGUUGUAUAA